AUGAAGAUCGCAUUAUCCCAUGGUUCAUGCCAGUGGAAUUAUCAUGGCUUAUUUCACAGGAUUUCCAUCAUCGAACUUCCUUCCAAGUCUAUGCAAGUAACACCAAGCCGGAAAUGUACAAAACCGUACCGGCUAGCUACAUACAUGGGAUGGCCCCGAGACCGAUCCGAGCCCGAUCCGAGAAUGGACAGUAAAGGGUACAAGGGUAGUAGCUCUCAUCACCUUUUCGUUAUCGUUGCGGCAUGGACAGAGGUCUAA